GGGCGGGGAAGGGCCAGUCCCGCCCUCCCGGGAGUCACGUAGCUCUGCGGCAUCCGCAGCCUCAUUUACUAGAGCCGGUGCUGAGCCGCUUCUGCUGCGGGCCAUAACUGGAACCCGAGUCGAGUCUGUAGCUGCUGCUACUAACUCCCUGCGUGCAGAGAGCUGUCACCAUGCCCCACUCGUACCCAGCCCUUUCUGCUGAGCAGAAGAAGGAAUUGUCUGACAUUACCCUCCGCAUUGUGGCCCCAGGCAAAGGCAUCCUGGCUGCAGAUGAGUCUGUAGGUAGCAUGGCCAAGAGGCUGAGCCAAAUUGGGGUGGAAAACACGGAGGAGAACCGCCGGCUCUACCGCCAGGUCCUAUUCAGUGCUGAUGACCGUGUGAAGAAGUGCAUUGGAGGUGUCAUCUUCUUCCAUGAGACACUCUACCAGAAAGAUGAUAAUGGUGUCCCCUUCAUCCGAACCAUCCAAGAUAAGGGCAUUGUUGUGGGAAUCAAGGUUGACAAGGGUGUAGUGCCUCUGGCCGGUACAGAUGGAGAAACUACCACCCAAGGACUGGAUGGUCUGUCAGAACGCUGUGCCCAAUACAAGAAGGAUGGUGCCGACUUUGCCAAAUGGCGCUGUGUGCUGAAAAUCAGUGAGCGCACGCCCUCAGCACUUGCCAUUCUGGAGAAUGCCAAUGUGCUGGCCCGCUAUGCCAGCAUCUGCCAGCAGAAUGGCAUUGUGCCUAUUGUGGAGCCUGAGAUCCUGCCUGAUGGAGACCAUGACCUCAAACGUUGCCAGUAUGUUACAGAAAAGGUCCUGGCUGCUGUGUACAAGGCUUUGAGUGAUCAUCACGUGUACCUGGAGGGGACGCUGCUCAAGCCCAACAUGGUGACCCCUGGCCAUGCCUGUCCCAUCAAGUAUACCCCAGAGGAGAUUGCCAUGGCAACUGUUACUGCCUUGCGUCGCACUGUGCCCCCUGCUGUCCCAGGAGUGACUUUCCUGUCUGGGGGUCAAAGUGAAGAGGAGGCAUCACUCAACCUCAAUGCCAUCAACCGCUGCCCACUUCCUCGACCUUGCGCCCUCACCUUCUCCUAUGGGCGUGCCCUGCAGGCCUCUGCACUGAAUGCCUGGCGAGGGCAAAGGGACAAUGCUGGGGCUGCCACUGAGGAGUUCAUCAAGCGAGCUGAGGUGAAUGGGCUUGCAGCCCAGGGCCAGUAUGAAGGCAGUGGAGAAGAUGGUGGAGCGGCAGCACAGUCCCUCUACAUUGCCAAUCAUGCCUACUGAGGCAUGCUUAAUCCACAUUAUGGCCCUUGGCCCAGCCAUCUGUAUUCUUGCCUGUAGUCAUGGUCAGGGCCAAAUAGCCAUGCAGAACAGAGAUGCCUUUGUCCAACAUCAAGUCAACUUCUUUUUCUCUCCUCUCCUUCCCUUCUCCCAUUGCUGCACCUGGGACCACAGGAUGGGAGAAAAGGGAGCCCCUAAUGUCUGAGGGCAGGAGAACUUGCUAAAAGUCAGAGCAGAAUGCCUGGGUCUCCCCUGCCUCCACUAGCCCUAACAAUUUCCCCAUGAUGGUAUAGCUUCUCCUUGGGUUCUUCUUGCUGCCUCUCUCCUGGGAUUAGAGAGAAGUACACUAGUCCUGCCUCAUGCCUUGAAUACAUACCACAUAGCAAAUAAAUGGUAGCAAAACAUGCUAGUUUGUCUGUGUAUUUUACACAUUAAAUUCCCAUCUCCCAUUUCUGACCUCUACCGAUUCUCUCUGGGCCCUCUGACUAUGGAAGUGAAAAGGGUGAGAUUUAAGUUUUACUGGGCUUCAGGAGGGCACUUGGGCUUCAUAUACAGAGGAUGGAGUGAGGCAAGAUGAACAACCCCUAAAGGCAGAUUUUGUGCAAGGCUCAAAGCAGGGAGGUAGCAGGAUAAGCUGGGAUAAAAGUAGCUCUCCCAUCUCAGCAGUGUUGAGCCCUGCUGAGGCCUGACACAAUCCUCAUUGCCCAAUGAGGAAAACCUCUAAGGCUCUAGUGGUUGCUGGGCUAAGCAGGUUAUCUAGAGGUUGCCAAGGGCUAUGCUCACUUCCAUUUGGGUUAAGAGGGAGUAUACAAGUGGCCAGUUUGAAGGUCUUGGCCAGGGAGACCCCACGAGACAUGAUGCUGAACUUUGACCACUGGGCUGGGGUGUGACAUCAGCUGAGAACCUGAGUCUAUCUGGGCAUAUUAAAGAUGAGAGACAAGCUGAACAUAUUCUUCUUAAUGGGGAGGUCGCUAUUGCUCCCUC